CGAGAUAGUGCUCUGACGAAAUUUCGGGAGACACAGGGUGUUGCCGUGGAAACCAACAGUAUUGAUCUGGUGCUGCUGUUACAUUAUGAAUGGCACUAAAACUGAAAAUUGUCCUAUUGGGAUUGGGUCUGCGAGAAGUGACGUCGGCGCAACAGACAGGGAAUAGAUCGAGGGUGUUCUAUUCGUGGAAGAGCUUACUAAUUUUCAUAUUGCUGGAACGACUAUAGUUCCGCCAUGAAAGUCGCCAGCUAAAGUCAAUUCUAAACGAGUGGAGUUAAUGUCGGCCGUGUUUUCUUACUUUUCGCAGCAAUGGCGUUAGUGUUACAACUCAAGUAUGCGGAAAAUCUUCGCGGGAAAGCAGAUCGUCUGGCUAAGGUUUCCUUCAGAGGUGUGUCACAUUAUUCCAAGAUAAUAGAGGGAGCCGAAGAUUGUGCAGUUUUUGAUGAGACAUUUGAAUGGCCAGUUGCUCGCCCUAUUGAAAGCGAUGAAGUCGUCGACAUCCAAGUUUUCAAUUAUAACAGAUACUUGUCCAACAGACUGUUGGGUACAUUCAAAGUCAUCCUACAGCAAAUUGUGGUCACAGGUCAUCUCAAGGUCACUGACUCCAUCAUCGACAUCAACAAUGUGGUCAUGAAAACCAACAUCACGUUUGAGCUUGUUUACAAUGCUCCAGACGGUUCUGUGGGGAACUGGCAACGCGGAGGCUUUGAGGAGGCGUACGGCGUCGACCAGUACGAUAAUGGCCGCACCGAAGACGAGAUGAAUAUGCUGAAUAUGGAGAGGUACAGUGACGACACUGCCUCCAUGGUGUCCAGCCCCGAAAAGUCACGGCGAGGAUCCAGAAUGAGCGUCUCCUCCAAAACAUCCAAGGCGUCCAAAUCCCCAAUGAAACCAUCCUUGAGAAAGAUUGAGUACAAUCCUCACGCGUUAUUACCCGGCAAAAUCAGGGCAGUUGGCAAGAUGUUAAACCUCACAAAGCGACAGCGGAAAGAAAAAGAUGAUGAUACAGACUCAUUUGCAAGUUUGGAAGAUGAAAACAAACUUUUCGACACACCAAUCAUCAUAGAGCCAAUCUUGAAGGACGACGACGAUGACGGGUCAAUCAUUGCUGGCCCAGUCACCACAAAGAAGCUGGCAGCUAAACCUCUACCAAAAAUGGAACAAGCUUCCCUCAAGGCACAAGACUUCCAGGUUUGCAUCACUAUCAUAGAAGCUCGACAGCUUGCCGGUCUCAACAUGGACCCUGUCGUCUGCGUGCAAGUUGGAGACCAGAAGAAAUAUACAAGUGUCAAAGAGUCAACCAACUGUCCAUAUUAUAACGAGUAUUUUGUAUUUGAUUUCCAUAUGGCUCCUGCCAUGCUGUUUGACAAGAUCGUCAACCUUACAGUCCUCCAAUCGCGGAACUUUAUACGAUCCAACAAACCUCUGGGAAGCUUUAAGUUUGAUGUCGGUACAGUGUAUGGCGCCCAAGACCACCAAUUUUAUCACAAAUGGGCCAUGUUGACAGAUUCUGAGGACAUCAACGGAGGACCGAAGGGCUACUUGAAAUGUGAUAUUGCUGUGAUUGGCAAAGGAGACUCGGUCAAGUUAAGCGGUGGACUGCAACUUUCUGCGAUAGAUAAACUAUUUGUCGCUCACAGUAGUAAGGUUCCGCCAAGCAGUGACAAAGAUGAAGAUGAUAUUGAGGCGAAUCUCCUCCUCCCAGAUGGGGUUCCAGCUGACAGAUCGCGAGCCCAAUUUAUCGUCAAAAUCUAUCGAGCCGAGGGUCUCCCCAAGAUGAAUACAGGCAUCAUGGCAAACGUCAAGAAAGCCUUCACCGGUGAAGCAAAGGAUUUGGUGGAUCCGUAUGUGCAGGUCACCUUCGCCGGACACACGGGUAAGACGUCUGUCAAGAAAGGAGCCUAUGAACCAAUAUGGAAUGAACAAGUUGUCUUCACCGAGAUGUUCCCACCGCUAUGUCGGCGCAUGCGCAUCCAGCUUCGCGACAGUGACAGCGUCAAUGAUGAUGUUAUUGGAACUCACUUCCUCGAUUUGGCAAAGAUCUCGGAUGAUCGAGAGAAAGGUUUUUUGCCAACAUUCGGCCCUGUCUGGGUGAAUCUGUACGGUUCAACACGGGACUACUCACUACUCGACGAGCACAAGCAACUGAAUGAGGGUCUGGGAGAAGGUGUAUCCUUCAGGGCUAGGCUACUCAUCGCCCUCAAGACAGAUAUCCUUGAUAGUCAGGAGAGCGGCCCUGCCCAGGUCGAUAUUGAACCUGCACUGCCUAUAUCGGAGAACGCCGCUGGUCGGCCAGAAGAAUACUUUGUAUUUGCAUCGGUCCUGGAAGCAGGGAUGAUAGAGAAGAAGGUUGGCGACAAACCAAUCCACUUCGAGAUUAGUAUUGGAAAUGCGGGAAAUCUUCUGGAUGGCUAUAACGAGUCGGUGCGCCGUAGCGGCGAUGGGAGUGACAGUGAGGAAGGGGAGGAGCCCGACCCAGAGGCUCCUGAUGGCCCCCCAGAGGAGAAAGCACCUCAGAUACAGAGUACAACAGGACCGGCAAAACCAAUCACAAGGGACAGGUACUACUAUCACAUGCCAUAUCAUGAGGAGAAGCCGUGUGUGUAUCUGAAGGCCUACUUUGAGGAUCACCGUCGUAGGAUGUACAAUAUCAACAUCUUGGAGAAGAUAGGUGACAAAUUGGAGUCUGGCCUAGCAGAUGUCCAGGAGAUGAUAAGGCAGGAGAAGCCGUUCCCUGAGAGACGACUGCGUGGUGUCCUCGAGGAGUUGAUGAAUGGUUGCAGUCGGUACCAGGCACUAGUCAAGGGGAGCAGCGGUGGCGCUGCAUCUGGCCGGACCAAACUGGACAAGGAGAGACUGAAAAUGUCACAGAGAGAAAUGGAUCACAUCAAGUCACACGCGCGCACCUUGAAGGGCGCUGUCACCAAAGUCAACGUGAAAGAAAGACUCAAACUCGCCACAUCAUUCCUUGCCAAGAUCAGACAUCUUGCUGAUGAGCCUCAACAUGCAUUGCCUGAUGUCUUCCUCUGGAUGGUCAGUGGUGCAAACAAGAGGAUUGCCUACCAGCGUCUGCCCGCUAAGGAUCUCUUGUAUUCAAUCGUGGAAGAGGAAUGCGGCAAACUCUGUGGCAAAGUGCAGACUCUAUUCCUUAGGCUUCCAGGGAAAAAGGCGACCGGUCAAACCGGCUGGGCAAUCCAAUCCAAACUGCAGAUCUACAUGUGGCUAGGCCUGACCAAACACAAGAAAGACUUCCUCCGGGGACUUCCAGGCGGGUAUGAGGAGACCAAGGCUGUCAAGGCUUCGAGCAGGAUAUCGGCACCUCCUCCUCAGCUCUUACGAUAUUCAGAGAAACAAACAUUCCAGUUGCGGGGUCACAUGUACCAAGCGAGGAGUCUGAUUGGGUCAGAUGAUACCGGUCUGUCCGAUCCAUUUGCACGUGUCAUCUUCGGCGAUCAGAGCCUGUGUACCCAGGUUAUCGACGAGACUCUGAGCCCAACUUGGGACGAGACCCUGAUCUUUAAUGAAGUCUGCAUGUAUGGUAUGAUGGAGGACAUCUUGUACGAUCCACCAACUAUACUCAUUGAAAUCUUCGACCAGGACAGUGUGGGUAAAUGUGAGUUUCUGGGUAGAGCUCUCGCCAAGCCCCAAGUCAAGCUCUGUAACGAGAAGUACGAGCCACCCAAGUUCCCGGUCCAACUCGAAUGGUGGGACGUCUACAGAGGACCAGACCGGGCUGGCGAGCUUCUUGCAUGCUUUGAAUUACUUCAGUACCCGUUUGAUGAAAGGGAACUCCAACGACAAUUACGUACUCCGAUAUUCCGUCGGAAAGUCGACAAAUCGUGGCAAGGCCUGCUGGCUCCUCAAGGCCACCCAGCGGAGGAUGAGCUGCCCAAGAUGGACCUCCCAGUCCAGGGUAAGGACCGUGGACCUAUCAUGCCUGUUCCGAAAGGGAUAAGACCGACUCUCAGCAAACACAGGAUUGAGAUUCUGUUCUGGGGUGUGCGGGACCUAAAGCGACUACAGCUGCAGUCAGUUGAUCGUCCCCGAGUUGACGUGGAAUGUGCUGGUCACAUACUCCAGUCAUCUGUCAUCGCCAACGCCAAAAAGAACCCCAACUUCACCACUCUCGUCAAGCUGUUUGAUGUGGAUCUUCCUGAUAAUGAGCUCUACUGCCCGCCAAUCACCAUUCGGUGUGUUGACUGCCGUAACUUUGGCCGCUUUGUCUUGGUUGGUACUCACGUCAUCAAUAACAUCCAAAAAUUCCGAUUCGUUCCAACGACUAAGUCUGUGAAGAAUGCGGCUGCCAUGUGGGGAGUACAGAGCCCAUGGCCGUUUUGGUCGACACGUAUGAUGAGAGCCCUCGGGAAGUUCACUGAUAAGAAGGAACCAGACCGCGAGUCUCAAGGCCAGCUGCCAGCAUUACCAGCUCCAGGCCUUACAGUUUCACAGACAGGGACACCACAUGGGCAGACGCCUCACGGACAGACACCGAUUGGCGGCGACCGGGUAUCGCUGGGCCGGCAAUCGGGGCAAGACACCACGGUUGGUACACCCGCCAUGGGUGGUAAAAUUGGCAGCAUGAUGGCUGCCGCUAAACAGAUGCAGCAGGUCUCGAAUAAAGACGAGAUUGCCAUUAAUAUUGACGAGAAAAAACCGUUGAUUGGUGGCAACAAGGAUGAUACUGUUGUCACCGUCAGCACGCCUCAUAUCCCCGGCGACCCAAACAAACACGCCUGGACGGCACCCAAAUCACAAGAGAUUGAGGAAAACGAUGACCUUGUUGAAAUCACGGUCAAGUUUGAGGUCAGCGAGGGCGAUGCCAAGGAGCAGAAGACAGAAGAAAACAAGAAAAAAAAGAAGAAAGCAGAUUCGGAGGAAGACAAGGAGGACCAGGAGAGUCUCGAUUGGUGGAGCAAAUACUUCGCUUCCGUCGAAACUAUGAUCAAGGCACAACAACAAUUGGCGCAGGGCGAUAGUUCACAGGAGCAGAUGGGCAAGGAUAAGGAAGAAAUAGGCCCUGUGGAUCCACUCGAUGUCGACAAGAAACUUCCUGAGAAUCUCCAGAUGGGUAACACUCCUACACCAGCGACGGGAGAGGGAGACAAGGGAUACGGGACACUGCCGAAUGGUGAUGCUGCGGAGAUGGGCAAAGACAAAGAUGGAAAGAAUUCCAAACUGAAAUUCAAGGGAGCAGUAAGGGCGACAGGUCUCGCCUCCAAGCUCUCGCCUAAGGCACAAAGGAAGAAGGACAAGGUUAGCCCGGCAUCUCAACUCACGGAGGAAGAAAUGUCUGAAAUGACGGUUUACCCGAAUGAACUUGAGAGUCAGAAUGACUUCAAUGGCUUCAAAGAAUGGCUUCAUACGUUUGAUCUCUACCGAGGGAAGAAGACAGGUGACGAGAUGGACGAUGAGAGUCGGGUUGUUGGCAAGUUCAAGGGCUCCCUCAUGAUCUACAAAGUCCCUCUCCCUCCUGAUAUAGAGGAUGCUACCAUCUGUGGCGGCGACCCCUCGCUUGGUAUGUUCCAAGGCCUACCUAAUAACGACCCCAUCCAUGUCCUCGUCCGAGUGUACGUGGUCAAGGCGAAUGACCUUCACCCAGCUGACUUAAACGGGAAAGCAGAUCCGUACUGUAUCAUCAAACUUGGAAAAACUGUCCAAAAUGACAAGGAGAACUACAUAUCUAAACAGCUCAGCCCUGUCUUUGGAAAGUGUUUUGAGAUUGAGGCUACAUUCCCGAUGGAGUCUAUGUUGAACGUGCAGAUCUAUGAUUGGGAUCUGGUUGGGACUGAUGAUCUGAUUGGAGAAACCAAAGUUGACCUUGAAAACCGAUACUACAGCAAGCAUCGUGCUACGUGUGGCCUGGCCAGGAAAUAUGAAAUUCAUGGCUAUAACGCUUGGAGAGACCCAAACAAACCAACUCAAAUCCUUGCUAAACUUUGCAAGGAUUAUAAAGUUGAAGGUCCUUCCUAUUCUCACGGCAAGGUGCGAGUUGGAAAUCGAGUCUUUACAGGCCCUAUGGAGAUUGAAGAUGAGAAUGCAUCUGGAAUUUUCAAAUUUGGAAAAAAUCAAAAAUCGACCAGCCCAAACCAUGAUGGUGUGGUGAAGGCGACUGAUGAACACUUAGCCCUGGCUGCCUUGAAUAACUGGCACGAGAUCCCGAAAGUAGGUACCAAGCUUGUCCCAGAACACGUGGAGACUAGAGCUUUAUUCAACCCCGACAAACCAGGAAUCGAACAGGGUAAACUGGAGAUGUGGGUGGAUAUGUUCCCGAUGGACAUGCCCCUGCCUGGAGCCCCUGUUGAUAUCUCACCGAGAAAACCAAAGAGUCUUGAACUGCGAUGCAUCAUCUGGAACACAGACGACGUCGUCCUCGAGGAUGAUGCGUUCUUCACAGGUGACAAGAUGAGUGACAUCUACGUCAAGGGUUGGGUCAAAGGUCAGGAGGACAUGCAGGCAACUGAUGUCCAUUACAGAUCGCUGACCGGCGAAGGCAACUUCAACUGGCGAUUCAUCUUCCCUUUCGACUACCUACAAGCAGAGGAGAAGAUUGUCAUCACCAAGAAGGAAUCAUUGUUCUCUUGGGAUGAAACCGAGACAAAGAUCCCUGCCAGGUUGAACCUGCAGGUCUGGGAUGCAGAUCACUUCUCAGCCGAUGACUUCUUGGGUUCCCUGACUCUUGACCUGAAUCGCUUCCCCCGAGGUGCCAAGUCAUCGAAGCGCUGCUCUCUGGAUAUGCUGAAGACCGACGGCAGCGUUCCCCAGAUGUCGCUCUUCAAACACAAGAGGGUGAAAGGAUGGUGGCCGUUCGCCGUCAAGGAUGAGAACAGCGAAGAGGUGGAACUAACUGGAAAAGUUGAGGCGGAGAUGCACCUAAUGACCCAAGAGGAGGCUGAAAAGCAUCCAGCUGGUAUCGCCAGGAAUGAGCCAGAACCACUUGACAAGCCGAACCGGCCUGAUUCAUCAUUCAUUUGGUUCUGUAACCCGCUGAAGUCAAUCCGCUACAUUCUCUGGCAUAACUACAAAUGGGUCAUCCUCAAAGUUCUCAUCGUGCUCCUUCUGACGGCGAUCCUGGCUCUCUUCUUCUACUCGAUGCCAGGAUACAUAGUCAAGAGGAUGUUCGGAGCUUAAGGAGCGCCAUCUAUCCACUUAGAACAGUAUUACUCUUCUUCGUUAUCGAACAUUUGAUUCCUAUAGGCCACUAACGUGUACACCCGUGAAAUAGUGUGACCUAUACUACAGUAUAUACGGAUAUUACCGUUAUAUCAAAUAUGAUCUGAAUAUACUCAAUGAUUUUUUCCGUAUUUUUUCAGCCGGCCAGAUUCUUCUUUUAUCUGGUUCUUGAACCCUCUGAAGUCUAUUCGCUACAUUCUCUGGCAUAACUACAAAUGGGUCAUCUUGAAAGUUCUCGUUGUUCUCCUCCUGACCGCCAUU